AUGAUAAACGCGGACUUGCAGAAGGAGCGCGCUACCGCCACCUUCCAGACCGAGCUCCUCACCAACAUCCUGGAUGGCGGCGUCGAGCGCACUCGCCGCCGCAAGGAGAUCGAGGCCUUAGUUCUUAAUGACCCUGACUUCCAACAUGAGGAUAUGAACUUCCUGUCCCGCAGCGAACGCUAUGAGCAAGCCCUCAGGAAGAGCGCUCUGAUGGUGAUGAAGUUAAGGGAACAUGGAGUUGCAGACCCAGAUGAGAUCUACUGGUUUAAAAGCUUUGUUCAUCGUGGACGGCCUGAGCCUCUGGACCUUCACCUGGGCAUGUUCCUCCCUACCCUUCUCGCCCAGGCAACCCCAGAGCAGCAGGAUCGCUUCUUCAUGCCUGCCUGGAACCUGGACAUCAUUGGCACUUAUGCCCAGACUGAAAUGGGCCAUGGAACUCAUCUUCGGGGUCUAGAAACUACAGCUACUUAUGACCCUGCUACCCAGGAAUUCAUCCUCAACAGCCCCACUGUGAGCUCCAUUAAGUGGUGGCCAGGUGGACUUGGAAAGACCUCCAACCACGCCAUUGUCCUGGCUCAGCUCUACACUCAAGGGCAGUGCCGAGGCCUGCAUGCCUUCAUUGUUCCCAUACGGCAGAUGGGCACCCACAAACCUUUGCCAGGUAUCACAGUGGGUGACAUUGGGCCAAAAUUCGGUUUUCAUGAAAUAGAUAAUGGCUACCUGAAGAUGGACAACUACAGAAUCCCUCGGGAAAACAUGCUGAUGAAGUAUGCCCAGGUUGAACCAGAUGGCACCUACGUGAAACCAGUCAGUGACAAACUGACCUAUGGGACCAUGGUGUUCAUCCGAUCCCUCAUUGUGGGUGACUCAGCUCGCGGCCUGUCCAAGGCUUGCACCAUUGCCAUCCGCUACAGCGCCGUGAGGCACCAGUCGGAGCUAAAGCCAGGGGAACCAGAACCCCAGAUCUUGGAUUAUCAGACCCAACAAUACAAACUCUUUCCUCUCCUGGCAACAGCUUAUGCUUUUCACAUUGUGGGAGCCUACAUCAAAACCACCUACCAUCGGAUCAGUGGAGACAUCAGCAGUGGGAACCUGAGUGAGCUGCCAGAGCUCCAUGCACUGACAGCAGGGCUGAAGGCAUUCACUUCCUGGAUUGCCAGCGCUGGGGUCGAGGAAUGUCGGAUGGCAUGUGGUGGGCAUGGCUACUCUCGCUGCAGUGGCAUCCCUGACAUCUAUGUCAACCUCACCCCAUGCUGCACCUACGAGGGAGAAAACACAGUCAUGAUGCUGCAGACAGCGAGGUUCCUUAUCAAAAGCUACAACCAGGUUACUUCUGGGCAGCCAGUCACUGGCAUGGUAUCCUACCUUAAUGACCUCUCCAGGCAACGAAUUCAGCCACAGCAUGUGGCUGCUAGGAUGGUGACUGUGAGGAUCAAUGAUCCAGCCAGCUUGGUAGAGGCCUACAAAGCACGUGCUGCCUGUCUGGUAGAAGCUGCAGCAAAGAAUUUGCAAACUGAACUGAACCACAGAAAGAGCAAGGAGGAAGCCUGGAACAGAACUUCUGUUGACCUGGUGCGAGCAUCUGAGGCACACUGUCACUAUGUGGUAGUGAAGCUGUUUGCAGCGAAGCUGCCUGAGGUCAGCGAUGCAGCUGUCCGUGCUGUCCUGACUGAGCUGUGCCUCCUGUAUGCACUCUAUGGCAUCAGUAAGAACACAGGGGAUUUCCUACAGGUGGGCAUUCUGACUGAUGCCCAGAUCACUCAAGUGAACCAGCGUGUCAAGGAGCUCUUGGCCGUCAUCCGUCCCAACGCGGUAGCGCUGGUGGACUCCUUUGACUUCCAUGACCUUCUCCUCGGCUCCGUGCUUGGCCGCUACGAUGGCAACGUCUACGAGAACAUGUUUGAUUGGGCAAAGAAAUCCCCUCUGAACAAGACAGAGGUUCACCAGUCUUUCUACAAACACCUGAAGCCAAUGCAGUCCAAGCUGUGAAACCUGUUGGGUUUUGUCUUCUCAAACUGCACAUUUUUCCUGUUAGGAAAACUGAGUGUUCGUGUCCUUCCUUCAGGGCACCUAAAAUCAAACUUACUCAAAUCCUGGUAGCUGUAGGACAGAGAAUAA